CUGUGUCUGUACUUGGCAGCCCUCGCGCACUAGAACCCAGAACCCAGUCGCGCCCUUGUCGAGCAAGUUUCUUGAAUUGUACCACUGAGUGUGCGGCCUGCCUUGCGCGGACCGAACGCCAACCUUGUCAACAAGAGCAACACCAACAAGCGAGCAGACAGUCCGCCAGGCAUAUUCCUCUGCCGUCUUGUCUCUCCAGCCCGAGCUCGCUUGAGUCAACCAUUUCUUGCUUCACCUUUUGAUUCGUGAUUGAAUUUUCCUUUAAUUACUCCGCUGCCGAUACAGAUUCACGCGAAAAGCAGAGAUCAUGGGCAAGAAAAAACCAGCCACGGGCCCCUUCCUCCCCGGGUUCCUGCGUCUCGCCCCAUCUAUCCACGUCCGAGACACCAAACAUCUGAGGCCGGGGUAUCCACUGCAGAGGCCGCAGCACACGCACCUGGAACAGCAGGAACAUGACCCAGAGAAGGGCCUGGCGCAGCCGCAGCCGCAGCAGCAGCAACAAUAUUGCACAUGCAACCACCAGGGCAAUGAAGCCAGCGCGUCUUUUGCAUCUUCCUCGUCAACGCCGCCAUCGCCGCCCAGCAGCACGCGAAGACCGCCCGACUUGGUCAUCAUCUUCUCGUGGACCGGCGCAAUCUCGAAACACAUUGUCAAGUACACCGAGGCGUACAAGGCCAUGUACCCGGGGACGUCCAUCCUGCUCAUCACCACGGCCAUCGCCGACCUCGCCUUCCACUCCACCAAGAAGAAGAUCAAGGCACUCGCCCCGGCCAUAGACUAUCUGUGCUCGUUUCUCGACUCGGCGCGCUACUCCAUGUCGUCUCAGACAGCAGGAGCAGAAGACACGUCCCCUGCGCCCAACGACGACCCGAGCAUCCUGCUGCACGCCUUCUCCGAGGGCGGCGCUAACAAGGCCGUGUGCCUGGCGCAGGGGUACCAGGCGCGGCGCGGCGGGACGGCGCGGCUGCCGGUGGGAGCCUUCAUCUUCGACAGCACGCCGGGCACGCCGCGGUACGCGAGCAACGUGGCGGCGUUCCGGCGGGCGCUGCCGCAGCACCCGGUGGCGCAGGCCGUGGGGCUGCCCGUCGGCGCCGGCGUGCUGGGCGUCACGUGGGUGCUGUUCUGCGUGUUCGUCGGCUACGAGAACAACCUCAUCAGCAAGACGCGCCGCGCGCUCAACGACGCCGCGCUGUGGGACGUCAAGGACGUGCCGCGCACGUACCUCUUCAGCGAGGCCGACGACCUCAUCUGCUGGCGCGACGUCGAGGCCCACGGCCUCGCCAGCGCAGCGCCUGGUAUUGGGGUCAGGAGCCUGCUCGUUCGCUUCAAGGCCACACCGCACUGCUGCCACACCCGCGGCGAGAACGCAGAGGUCUACUGGGAGGCUGUCCGCCGCACGUGGGAGGCAAAAGUCGUUGCCGAGAUUCACGGUCCUGAGCCGAGUGAGAUGAGCGGGGGCGAGAGCAGUGACUGACGUGUUUUUGGUGCUUGUCGGCGAUGUAUAGCAUACGGUGUAAUUCGUCUAAUUAUUCCUUGGCUUGUUUGACCGGAAUAGACUGGUUCUGAAGACAAAAAAUGGGGGCGACGGGGGCGGGCGAUGAAUUCUGUCGAGU